AUGAGAAAACUUACUGCUAAAAUGCCAUGGAGACUAAAUACUCGUUUUCGAAUUACUUUAAUACUUUUACUUAUAAUUGGUUUUCUAUCAUAUCAAUUCAUUUUUAUUUCAAAUAUUUUUGAUUAUUCAAUUUAUUGGUUUGACCCUUCUUCUAAAAUUUCAUAUUAUAUCGGAUCACAAGUAUAUUUAAGAAAUGUUAGUCGUCUUCCUAAAAUACAAUAUCAUUUUAAUACUCCAGAAACAUUAAAUGAAAGAUUAAUUCGAGAAGCUCGACGUGAAUCAGUAAAAAAAGGUUUUCAGCAUGCUUGGAACGGAUAUACAAAAUAUGCUUGGGGAAAAGAUGAAUUAGAACCUGUAUCUAAUGUAGGUCAUGAUAAUUUUAAUGGUUGGGGUGCAACGAUUGUUGACUCAUUAGAUACUAUGUGGAUAAUGGACUUAAAAGAGGAAUUUAAUCGUUCAAGAGAUUUUGUUGAAACUGUAGAUUUUUCUACAAGUGAAGAUGCUAUUAGUGUAUUUGAGACUACUAUUCGUUAUUUAGGAGGCUUAUUAAGUGCUUAUGAAUUUUCAAAAGAUCCUAUAUUUUUAGACAAAGCGUUAGAAUUAGGAAACGCUUUAUUACCUUCUUUUAAUAGUGAAUCUGGGAAUAAAGUUAAAAAUUUUAAAAGACCAUGGAAUUUAGCCAUUUUGGCUCAAAUUGGAACUUUGCAGUUAGAAUUUAUGAAAUUAUCUCAAUUAACGGGUAAUAGCGAAUUUUUCUUCAAGGUUAAUAAUAUUACACAAAUUCUCGACGAUAUACCAAAGCCUAUCCCUGGACUAUAUCCUUUAUUCUUGGAUCAUGAAACUGGUGAAUUCGUAGGACACGACAUAACCUUUGGUGGUGCUGGUGACAGUUUUUAUGAGUAUUUAAUAAAGCAAUACAUUAUGGUUGGAGGUGCAAUCGAUCAAUUUCGAAAAAUGUAUGUUGAAUCAAUUGAUAGUAUGCAUGAGCACCUUAUUAAGGAUGGCAAAAUUAAAGAUCGACCAGAUUUGGUCUUCAUUGGCGAGCUAUCCUUUGGAUCAUUUGUUGGAAAGCUACAACAUUUGACAUGUUUUGUUCCCGGGAUGCUUGCCAUUGGAUCAAAAGUUCUUGAUAGACCUCAAGACCUCGAACUUGCAAUAAAAUUGGCAGAAUCAUGUUAUUGGGCUUAUGAAAUGACAUACACUGGAAUUGGUCCAGAAGAUCUCUGGUAUAUGUCAAGCAAUGAUACGUAUAACGAAUCAGAAAAAAAACUUAAGAAUAGUUGGAAAGAUAAGAAUCUUCCAGAUGGUGUACUUAAAUUGGGUCAUGGGUAUAAAUUAAGGCCAGAAACCAUUGAGAGUUUAUUCAUUCUAUAUAGAGUAACAGGCGAUAAAACAUAUCAAGAUAAAGGAUGGAAAAUAUGGCAGGCUAUUGAAAAAUGGUGUAAAACAUCUUCAGCUUAUUCAGGAUUAGUGAAUGUAAAUUCAGAACAAGUUUCACAGAAUAAUAAUAUGGAAAGUCCACCCGAUCUUAUUUCACUAGAUACUUAUGUGUUUAAUACCGAAGCACAUCCUUUACUUAGAAUGGCAAAAACUUUUUAG